CCACCGUACAGACCGAAAGCACGAUCGCGCGUGGUUUCGCUCGCGGUUUCGUUUUUUUGUUUCGUUGUUUUUUGUUAUUAUUUUUAUCCCGAGGACACGACGUCAGCAGCGACGUCAAGGACGGGUUGUCCCGCUUCCUUGGUUAUCCCGAUUAAUUGUGUCACGCCCGGGCUAUGACUAAUUAAUUUUUGAACUUUUACCAACGAUACACUGGUCAACAGUCUCCCGUUUGUGUUACCGUUUUGUGGCUUUGGUGAAAAUCCCGAACAAAAAGAGAGAGAAAAAACAAAAUACGACAACAAAUCCGAUUUUACCGAAACGAACAAAUAAAACACACUUCACCACUAGUAGUAUUCCCGUUUUCCUGCUUUUGCCAGUAGUGCGGUUAGUGUUGCGAUUCUGAUUUAAAUUUUCGAUUGCGUGCCACAUUCAAGUUCCUCUACUUGCGUUGUACAGUGUGUGCGGAGAUUCAAGCGGUGCCUUAGUACGCCUAAACGACACAUAUAUUUCGACCCCCUCCCCGCGGGGUGUGUUCGUUUUGUCUCAUCCCGUUUGAUUUGCGAAAUCGGAACGAAACCAUAAAAAAACCCGCUCCAGGGAAGACGAAGGAAAGGCGAAGUGUGCUGCAAGUGUGUGCUAUAAUUGGAGUGGAGUUUGGUUGGUGCAUCAACGAAAGUUUUAAUAAUUGGUGGCACGAGGCUACGGUCGAUGUUUCAGCCCUGGCGGGCGUGUUGUAGUGCGUGCGCGAGUGUUUCUUCCCGAUUCUGUGCGUGUUCGGGUUUGCUUGCAACGAAAGCCGGUGGAAAAUUAGUGCACGAAGUGUUUUCCACAACGAAAUAUGCCGAAUAAGGUGAAUCAAAGCACAACUCAUGCAUAGAAAUACAAGUGAACCAAAGUGUAAUUCGAAUUCAUAAAACGAACUUAACAUUUAACCGACUCACGAACUCCAAAGUUGACCUCUUUCGGUAUUAUCAACGGAAUAGGUUGCCUCUGGCUUCCAAAACUAUUCGGUGAAAGUAGUGAAGUGCUAUCCAGCUGAUACGGAUUACCUUCGUCGGUGGUCCCGGAGAACCUCGUGCCCUUUUGGAUUACGCGUAUGCCCUCAGGAAGACUGGUGAUCCCCCCAAAUUUGCCUCCCGGGGUCAAGUACGCGUGCUCGCUCGGUCCAGCACGGUCGCCAUUAGCACGGCGUGGAGUUUGACCGCUUCCGGCGAUUUUUGGGGCCACCCUUGAAGAAAGACACACACACACAUACACGUUGGCGACCCUGGUGGGAUCUCCCCAGUGCGGGAACAUCCGCUCCGAUCCCUGUUGAGAGCGGAGAUCAAACAAACAGUCGAACCAUGCUCGACUCGGAACUGUACCCACGCGCCGGGGACAGUCAUCACGGGCCGCACGGACACCAUCAUCACCACCAUCAUCAUCACCAUCAUUACAAGUCGCCACAACAGCGGCACUACCACCAUUCGCCCUCGCCCCAUCACCACCACCACCAGGAGCGGGAACGGAAGUCGCGAUCGUCACCGCGCCACCAUCACCUGCAGCACAGUGAUGGAGAGAAGCUAAAGUACCAGAAUGCGUUCGGCGGCUCGGUGGGCAACAUUGGUGGUGCAGUGUCCUCGUCGGAGAGGUACCACAAGUACUUUCCGCACAAUCUGCUGUCGGGCGGGACGGGUAGUGGGACCGGUGGCGGUGGUGGAUACUUCGAUCUGAGCGACAAGCUGGACAGUCUGCAUCUGGGCAGCGGUAGCCGUGGAUCGGAAAAGAGCAGUCUUCUAAGUGGGAGCGGUGGAAGCAGUGCGCUCAGUGCGGGUGGUGAUAGUAACAACAACCAUCAGCAGCAUCAUGGCGGGUCCGGGUCGGCCAGUGUUCUGAGCGAUACGACGGCGGCCGGCAGUGGCAGCAAUGUGAGCGGUGGAAGCAGCAAGAAGCGCACGAUAGUGCUGGUGGGUGACGGACGGAGUCGGGUGAGGCGCGUGGUAAGGACGCAGACGCGCCAGAUUACGGUGGUGAGCUACUCCGGGCGGAAGAAGGAAACGGAAACGCAUACCAGCCAUCACGCGACCAUUGUCAGUUUCCCACAAAAAAUCGAUCGCCCAGCGCAGAUCUACUCCACACAUCACCAUCAUCCGAGCAGCGGUGGCAGUGUUGCCAGCAACAAUGGGCUGCUGGCCAGCGGUGGUAGUAGCAGCCUCGGCAGCAGCAGCCUGUGCGGCAUUGGACCGGGCGGCGGAUCGUACGUGUACGUACAUCAGCAGCAGCAGCAGCCACAGCAGCAGCAGCAGCAGCAGAACCACCAGCAAUCAACACAGCACUAUGUGUCACCGCAGCAGCUUACCUACCAUCUGCAUUCGGCGACGGGUGCGGCCACCGGCAACGGGUAUCACCAUCACGGGUCGCACCAGAACAUCGCAACGCCCACCCUGCACAAGAAGGGCUCCAUCCGCAACAAUGGCGAUGUGCUGAAGCGAACACGUGUGCAAAAUGCGUAUGAGCUGUCGCAGGACCUGCUGGACAAGCAGAUCGAACUGUUGGAGCGCAAGUACGGCGGUGUGAAGGCACGAAACGCGGCCCUGACGAUUCAGCGCGCCUUCCGCCACUACACGAUGGUGAAGAAGUUCGCCUCGAUCACGGCGAUGGCCAAGGCGGAGAAGCGCAUGAGCCGUCGGGUGCAGCAGCAGCAGCAGUCGCAGCAGCAGCAGCAACAGAGCGACUUGGACAUGAUGCACCACCAUCUGCAGCCGGCGACGGCCCUGGAGGAUGGACAGAUUUACGCCACCGAGGACGGUACGAUGGUCGGCCAGCAGCGUGUCUGUGCGACCAUCUCCGCGACACCACCGGGCACGCUGCACCAUCGCGUGACGCCCGUCCGGUCGAUGUCGCUGCGCGAGCGCCGUCUCGAUUCGAGCCCCAUCCCGCGCAGUCAGUCCGGUACCGCAUCACCCGCUCCCGUCCCGAUCACCUCCUGGAGCCAAAGCCCGACCCAGCUCGUAACGGGUGCCGCCACAGCCCAGCAGCAGCAGCAGCAGCAGCAGCAGCAGUACUCCCAUCCGCAUGUAAAUAUUCUUCACCAGCAGCAGGCCCAGCUGGCCGGGUACGGCUACACCCCGGCCGUGUCCGCCCAGUCCCACGCGGUGGUGAUGCAUCAUCACCCGCACCCGCACCAGCAGCACCAGCAGCAACAGUACCAAAGCCAGUAUGGAUCGCAGGAUUUGAAUGUGAGCGGCGCUAGCAGCGGCUCCCAGCUCGACUCGACCGUCUCGUCGAUGAACCUGUCCUGGAACUCGCAGACGGCCAGCACGCACCAAAGUCCGUACACGCCGCACUACACCGCCGCCCAGAUCUACAUGCGCCCGCGCGGUAUCGGCAUCGGCAGCUCGGGCGGCAGCAGCGGCAGCACGUCCAGCGCCGGCGGUCGCAAGGUGCCGCCGGAGGUGCCGAAGCGGACGAGCAGUAUUACCGGGCCGGGUGGGCAGCAGCACACGCCAAGUCGCUCGCUGCGCCCCAACGGACUGUGCAAGACGGCCGAAAAUGGAAGCCUCAGCUCGGUGCAGUCGUCGGGCAGUGAUUCUUCCGCCUCGGCUGCUGGGGUUGGUAUUGAGAUGAUAGGUGGGGGUGGUGGCGGUUCGUCGGACCGUUCCAGCUCGCCCCAGUGGAAGCGGAAGGGUCCGGGCAGUAGCCAGAGCGGCAGCAUCACGCUGCUGCCGGCCCAAUCGCCCGAUCACAUGCUGCUGAGUGCGACCGACGGUACAACAGUCGUUGGUGGCGCUGCCGGACGCUCCAUCCACUCGACAGUGGCGACAGCCACGGCAACGGCCACCGCUGCUAGCGGUGUAUCGACGGGAGGCGGAAGCAGUGCCAACGUGACGAUCACCAGCAUCGAGAGCGAGUGCCUGAGCUCGCACACCAGCGCCGCCCAGUACUCGAUGAUGGAGCAGCACGACCAGAUCGUGCACACGCCCACCUCGUACAAGGUGUCGGAAACGAUCCGCAAGCGCCAGUACCGGGUCGGGCUGAACCUGUUCAACAAGAAGCCCGAGCGCGGCAUCACCUAUCUCAUACGCAAGGGCUUCCUGGAGAAUACGCCCCAGGGCGUGGCCCGGUUCCUGAUCACGCGCAAGGGCCUCUCGCGCCAGAUGAUCGGCGAGUAUCUGGGCAAUCUGCAGAACCAGUUCAACAUGGCCGUGCUGGACUGCUUCGCCGGCGAGCUGGAUCUGUCCGGCAUGCAGGUGGACGUGGCGCUGCGCAAAUUCCAGGGCUACUUCCGCAUGCCGGGCGAGGCGCAAAAGAUCGAGCGGCUGAUGGAGGUAUUCUCGGCCCGGUACUGCCAGUGCAACAGUGACAUUGUGGCGCGGCUCCGCUCGCACGAUACGGUGUUUGUGCUGGCGUUCGCCAUCAUCAUGCUCAACACCGAUCUGCACACGCCCAAUCUGAAGCCGGAGCGGCGCAUGCGGUGCGACGAUUUUGUGAAGAAUCUGCGCGGCAUCGACGACUGUCACGACAUCGAUCGGGACAUGCUGAACGGCAUCUACGAGCGGGUGAAGGCGAACGAGUUCAAGCCGGGAUCGGACCACGUGACGCAGGUGAUGAAGGUGCAGGCGACGAUCGUGGGCAAGAAGCCGAACCUGGCGCUGCCGCACCGCCGGCUCGUCUGCUACUGCCGGCUGUACGAGAUACCGGACAUCAACAAGAAGGAGCGGCCGGGCGUGCACCAGCGCGAGGUGUUCCUGUUCAACGAUCUGCUCGUGAUCACCAAGAUCUUUAGCAAGAAGAAGUCGUCGGUGACGUACACGUUCCGCAACAGCUACACGCUGUGCGGAAUGGUCGUUACGCUGCUGGAUGUACCGAAUUAUCAGUUCUGCAUUCGACUAUCGCAGAAGGUGGACGGCAAGGUGCUGGUAACGUUCAACGCUCGCAACGAGCACGACCGCUGCAAGUUCGCCGAGGAUCUGCGCGAAUCGAUCAGCGAGAUGGACGAGAUGGAAACGCUGCGCAUCGAGGCGGAGCUGGAGCGGCAAAAGUCGGCCCGCGGCGGCACGCGCACCACGAACAGCGAGAACCGGGACAGUGGCGUCGCGGACGUGGAGGUUUGCGCCGGGCCGUAUCCGGGUGCGGGCGUCCCGGGCGGACUGGUGCCGGGCAGUGUCGGUGGCGUAUCGCCCAACGAGUGCGGGCUGGCCCACACACACAGCGAGGCGCAGCUGAAGCGUAGCGCUCUCAGCAACUCGCUGCUCGAUAUGCACGAACAAUUUGGCAAUGAAAAGCCGCAACGGCGCGGCAGCGUCGGCUCAUUAGAUAGUGGAAUGUCGAUCUCAUUUCAAUCCACCUCCGCAAGCACUGGCUCACGUAGCGAUAUCAAAGUACGAAUGCUGCCUCACAGCAACACCUCCGGUCAGAUAAUUAUGCAUGCCGGGCAGCAUCCCGCUGCCCUCAUGGGUGCCAUCUAUCAUCAGCAAAUUCAUCACCAUCAACAGCACCACCACUCGCAGCAGCAGCAGCAGCAUCAUCAUCCGGUGGUUGGCCAAAGCAGCACCACUGGCGGCGGAGUGAUCGUUUCGGUGGGUCAACCGGGAUCCUCCCAGCAGCAGCAGCUGCAUCACCACCCUGGUGGGCAACCUACGACAGGAGUACUGCAGCAACAUCAGGCAGCUUCAGCGAUGAACAACAACGGUAUGGCGAUGGUCGGCGGUACGAGCACUACCAGUAUCGGCAACCCGAACAACAGCCUCAGCACACAGAGUGGUGCUAUCCACCGGCGCGAGCGGAAACCCUCCCGUACCGAAGAUGCCGCUACGGUAGCGGCACUGGCACUGGCAGCCAGUGCGGGAGUCUCUAGCGCCAUGGCCGUGGCCAGCAGCAGCAGCAGCAGCGCUACUGGUGGUGGUGGCCCGAACAGCAGCAGCAGCAGCAACAGCACGGCCACGGGCGGGAACUAUGGCCGGUCGACGGAGGUCUAAAGCAGCCGGAGCAGCAGCUUAGUACAACCGGGCGGGAGGGAGACGCAUCAGACGAACUCACGGUGCAGUCACUCACGGCAAGGAUCAGCACGAUCACUACCAACACGUCCGCACUGAUCGACAUCAGUUAACAGCGCAGCACACCUUUAUUAUUAUUACGUGUUUUUUUGUUUUGUUUAGAAUCGUUUUGUUUGUAUUUUAAAUUGUUUCCUCCUUUUUUCCCAACUGGUUUGAACAGUGUAAAUAUUAGAUUAGAACAAAGAUCAUCGUGUGUGAGUGUGCGUGUGUGUGUGUGAGUUAGUAGCAACCAAGGAGGGAAAGCAAGAGAGGAGGAAUUUUGUCAGCAAUCCACUUUUGAGUGUUUUCUUGUUGUACACAAACACGCUCAUCCAGCUAAGAAGUGUUGUUUGAAGGCAAGGAAAUGCAAGGAAAAAAAGUUAUAUAAAAUCGAUUCAAAAAGUGAGGUUAAAAAGGUGAGAAGGAUUCCAAUUAAUUUGUAUUUAGAAAGCACGCAAGUAGAGGAGCUGUAGAAAACGAAUGAAGAAAAGGGAUGAGGAGGAGCGUAAGGGAAUUCAUUUGUUAUUGUAUUGUUUUUCACAUUCUGUUGUAAUUUAAAUAUGUAAUUCUCUUAUUUCCAAAUAACACACGUGUCUCCACUGUGUGUCGUGUGUUGUUGCUGUUAAUGUUGUUUGGUAGUGAUCGUAGCUCCCUGCGUUACCGGAGGAGUUACACCGUGCGUUACAAAUACACCGUGUUACAUACCGCAUAUUGCAAACUUAGCUCCAAAAGAAGAAAAAAAGAUGCAAAAGAUGGCCCCCGUUAUCAUCCUCAUCAAUCAUGAAAUCUCCCUCUAGUUCCUUUUUAGAUUUGUUAAACAGGCAAGCACCGGUAGCGAGUGCGCCGGAUCAUUCCUUUUUUGUCUUUGAGAAGAGUAAGAAAAAGAAGAAGAACAAGAAGAAGUAUAAGAAGAAGAAGAAAAACAUGCACAAGGAUAUAAAACAAUAAUUCAAGCAAAACAGGCAAGAUAGAACAGAAAAUGGAUUCAUUACAAGAGCGAAGAGCAAAAAGAGGAGAAAACAAGAGUAUACAAAUGAAAUCAUUCUAAUGUUUUCCCCGAGUACAAUACCCUCUCCCUCGGCACGCCCCACCCCUUACCCUCCCACUUGUUGCGCGUUCUAUAUGUGUGUUCGUUCGUUCGUUCGCAUCGUUUUUAUGUAUGUGUGUGUGUGUAUGUAUGUAUGUUUAUUAGCAAAGAGCAAAACUAAUUAAACAAAAAGAAGCAUAAAACAAAUGGAAAUAGUACACAAAACAACACUUCUCACUGCAACACAAAACGUCCCCCGUCGAUAACUAACAAAGAAGAAGAAGAAGAAGAAGAAGAAAAAAAAGGAAAAGAAUAAUAGCUAUUUACUCUGUACUAAAAAAAGUGUAUAACCUACCCUCUUCUACCCGCUAAUUGAUAGUAAAACUCUCCAAACAUACAAUCAUCAUUCAUACAACGGAAGAAAAAGAACUUGCUAAAAGAGAAGACAAAUUAAAAAAGAAAGAUUAAUAGAGAGAGAGGGACAGUAGCUAACAAACAAGAAUCAUCGACUAAAAUGAUAAAAACAAGAGAGAGAGAGAGAGAAAAAACAUGCUGAAAAGCAUGUUUUCUCAUCCAAGCAACUCGGUGCCAUUUUGUUUCGUAGUUAAGGGAACGAAAAUGAAAGAGAGAGAAGGAGAGAGUGACAGUGAAAGACGAUGCAUAGUAGGCGCUUUGUUUUUCCUCUGCUUUCCUCUCAAUCACAUUUGCGCUGUCUCUGUACUCUCGCCAACAUGCUUUAUCAUCUCUUGUGCUGCUUCUGCUAAAAAAAAACGACAUAUAUUCAUCAAACACACAUACAUACUAAAAAAAAAAAAAACAACAACAAACAUUUAACUAACAGAAAAAUUCGAGGUACAAUUACUAAGUGUCCAGAGCAGCCACAACAACGAGUGGCGAAGAAGAAAACAAAUGUCCUUUGUGUAGAGAAGGAAGAGUAACAAAGGAAGGUUAAAGAAGCGCAAAAGUGAACAAAGCAACAAUUUAAAGGAACGGAAAGAUUUGAUGAGAGGACUGUUAAGAGAGAGGGUCCCGAUUUUGUGUUUGUGUGUGUAAUUGGGGAAAAGCUUUUACAUUUCGAUGUACAACAAGACAACUACUGUCUGAUGGUGUGUCUGUGUGUGUAGGUAUGGAUUGGGAUAAUGAGAAGCGUGUAAGGAAGAAAUGGAAGAAGCGAUGUCCUUCUUUGCUCUUGUUCUCCUUCUCCAUUCCCAUUGUGUAAUUUUGUGUACUAUACAUAUAUACAUAAUAUCUAUGCAAAUAUUACUAUUACUACUAUUACUACUACUAUAACUAUACCUGCCCUCUUUCCCUAAAUGAUAUAUUUAACAAGAAAGACGACGGUUAAGAUCGGUGUCCGUUUCCCAUUUGCUCUCCCCCCUUUAUUCCGAGGGGGGGGAUAGGGGAGAUUGAAAUAUAAGACACAUGUGCGUGUGUGUGUGUUGUCUUCUUAGUUUGGGUACUUUUACCAUUCGGGGGCGUGAAACUAUCGGAUAAGAUGGAUAUGGACAAAAAGAAAUAAUGACCAAUUGACGCUAAGGAAAUUGAUUGACCAAAAAAUAGGAAGGAGAA